AUGGAUCCAACUUUCAUGAAACCAGUUCAACCUUACGUGUUUAAAGCACUUAAAGAUGUGGAUAUUGCGAGUCUUGUCAAGUUAUCAACAGAAGAAAUAAGACCAAUCAUACCAUGUCUUGUUCGCAUGGCUCUGAUAUCACCGUUGGAUGUAACACAAUACUGUGCAGAAGCCAAAAGAGAAAUUCUUACCCUUCUCUCGGGCAUUGAUUUGGUCAAUUUUAUUGUAUCGUUACUCUCAAUUGAAUUUCAUCCACUUGAAGUGGACCUCAAAAAAGAACAACAAAUGAGACAAAAAUGCGGCACACAGAAUACUGAAUCAUUCUUGAUAACAAAUCCAGUAAGUGGAAUAUCAAAUGACUUUGAGCAGUCAGACUCUGCAAGACGCGUUCGACUGGUCCUGUCAGAAAUACUACAAAUGCAAGCACAGAUAACUGAGUACCAGCAGAAUAAAAAUUCUAACAGUGAUUUUUCUGUUAAACCUUCAGAAUUAUUUGACAACGACGUUUAUUUGGAGGAAAUUACUGAUGUAAUUUGUAUAAGCCUUGCAGAAUUACCCAACUUACUGAACAUCACUGAUAUUGUUGAAGUAUUACUUUAUGUUAACAAAGGUCCAGUUAUCAUAUCAUGGCUUGUAGCAAAUAUGCCAGACACGUUAUAUGAAGUUGCUGAAUCCCUUGUUCUAAAUGCUGAAAGAGGUGAAGAAGGUGGUAUUCGGGCAAAGGCAUUAUUAAGUUUAUGUGCAAUGUGUCCCUAUUUAGCGGCAUUUGUAAGAGCAAAAGCAGUUACAGCUUCCCGUUUACCAGCACUAGUUAUAAACCUUACUUUAAUACAUCAUCAAGAUGAUUUGGUAUCUUUUAUGUCAGGUCUACUACUGGGCUUCGAUCAAUCAACUAGGGGCUGGUUUGCAUCUUUUCUUAGAAAUUUUCAUAAAAGAGGUAAAGGCGAUGGUAACGCAGCAUUAAUUAAACUACGACAAGAAUUACUUAAUAGGCUGAAAGAAGCUGCUGCAGGCGUUGACGCAUCAGCAUUAUUAAGGCUGUAUUGUGCUCUUAGAGGAAUUGCAGGAAUAAAGUUUCAAGAUGAUGAAGUGUCUGGACUUUUGAGAUUAGUUACUCAAAAGCCACCACCAACACCCGCCGGUGUUCGUUUUGUAUCUUUAAGUCUCUGCAUGAUCCUCGCCUGUCCAUCUCUAAUGGCUGCACCAGAGCAUGAGAAAAAGGCCAUUGAAUGGGUACAGUGGUUGGUCAAGGAAGAAGCUUAUUUCGAAAGCACUUCAGGUGUUACGGCGUCGUUUGGGGAAAUGCUGCUACUGAUUGCAAUUCAUUUUCAUUCUGGACAGUUGGCUGCAGUUGGCGAACUUGUUUGCGCCACUCUCGGUAUGAGAGUACCCGUUCGUCCAAACGGCCUGGCUCGUAUUAAACAAGCGUUUACGCAAGAAAUAUUUACAGAACAGGUAGUGACCGCUCAUGCAGUAAAAGUUCCAGUUACAGCAAAUCUUAACAGUAACAUACCAGGGUAUUUACCAGUACAUUGCAUUCAUCAACUGCUGAAAUCUCGAGCGUUUUCUAAGCAUAAGGUGCCCAUCAAAAAUUGGAUAUAUAGACAAAUCUGCAGUUGUACAGCACCCUUACAUCCCGUUAUGCCAGCUCUUGUCGAAGUCUAUGUUAGCUCUAUACUCGUUAUUAACAAUAAAGGUGCCAAUGAGUAUGUUAAUAAGCCUAUAACUGAAGAAGAGAUAAGAAAAGUAUUUAGAAACUCAAUAUUCGGAGUAAACUUUGAUUCUCAAACCAGCAAACCAUUUUCUCCCAUGGAAACAGAUAGUGCAGAAUCAUCAGUUGAUAUUCAAAUAGAAAAACCAACGUUAGCCUCCCAAUUACUGCUUAUUUAUUACCUUCUUCUUUACGAAGAUGUUCGACUUUCAAAUACAGCAACACUGAUAGCUAAUGGUAGAAAAAUAAAAAGUUAUUCAGCAGCUUUUCUCUCUGAACUACCAAUUAAAUACUUGCUGCAUCAAGCACAAAAAGAUCAAAUGAGCUAUGGUGGAUUGUUCAGUCCGCUGCUUCGUUUAUUAGCCACUCAUUUUCCUCAGCUUUCUCUUGUUGAUGAUUGGAUGGAUGAUCAAGUUUUUGGCGAUUUGUGUCGACAUCAAAUCGACGUACAUUUAUCAGAAUCUUCGAUAAAUGAAGCAUUUUUAUGUAUUGAAGAAAAUCCCUACAAAACAGGAAAGAUUUUAAAAGCAAUGCUAAGCAAGAACCCCACAGAUAUUUGGCCUUUUGCAGAAAUGUUUGUGAAAUAUUUCAAAAGUGUACUCAGUGACCAAGUACCAAGACACAUUCAAGAAUUAUAUCGAGAAGUUUGGCUACGAUUGAACACUGUCCUACCUCGUUGUCUCUGGAUUAUGACUAUUAAUGCUCUACUUGAUAUCAACGGCAAUGGCAGAAAUGUUACCAUUACACAAGAAAAUAUUUUAGUAGACCCUUUACAAGUUUUAAGAUGUGACAUCAGAGUUUUUAGAUGUGGACCAAUUUUAAAAAUAAUACUUAGAAUAUUGGAAGCCAGUUUAGCUGCUUCUAGAAGCCAAUUAAGUCGUCAUUUGCUAGAUAAACCUCUACUAGAGAAGAGUGGGCAACUGACAUCAGAUUCAGAAAGGGAAGAAUUAAAGAAUGCUUUGGUUGCUGCCCAAGAAAGUGCAGCAUUACAAAUAUUAUUGGAGGCCUGUUUAGAAACAAGUGAAGACCAAGUUAAACCAGAACUUAUGUGGUCUUUGCGCGAAGUAAGAAGUAUUAUUUGUUCUUUUCUGCAUCAAAUAUUUAUAUCUGAGCCGUCGUUAGCUAAACUCGUACAUUUUCAAGGAUAUCCGAGAGAACUAAUACCAGUAACUGUUCAAGGAAUUCCUUCAAUGCAUAUUUGCUUAGAUUUUAUCCCUGAACUUUUAAGCCAAGCAUCACUAGAGAAACAAAUAUUUGCAGUUGAUUUAGUAUCUCAUUUAUCAAUUCAGUAUGCUUUGCCAAAAGCAAUGUCUAUUGCAAGAUUGUGCGUUAAUACCCUUUCUACUCUUUUAUCAGUACUGCCCAGCGAUUUACGUCUGGAACUAUUUCAACCUGUUCUUAAGUCGCUUGUAAGAAUUUGCACUGCUUUUCCUUCACUUCUAGAGGAUAUUACAUCUUUAUUAUUACAACUUGGGAGAAUAUGUGAAUCACAAGCAUCUCUUGGCCAUUACUGGAAUGAUGCAAACAUUUUGGGUGAAGGAGCUUAUGUUGAGUCCGAUGUCAAGAAGACACUAAAGUUCUAG